AUGGAUGAAUACGUCACAAAGGUCGGGUUUCUGUUGGUAGCCAGCCGACAACCAGCACAAAGCUUCACCCUUUCUAGACAUUUCACUACCCCCAAACUCUUGCGGGACCAAAAGAAAAUAAAGACUGUUUCUUUUGCUAGGACAGGGAAGCGAGGGGGGAAACUGGCGGUACGAAAGGAAGUGAACGGACGGUACGGGAGGACAAUUCGAAUGUGUGUGCCGGCUGACGUGCAGGUACCUUCUUUGCAGCCACCGAGACAUCCAACAAUAAGGAUUAUGGGACCCCUUGCGCCUUCUCUUGGACGAGAGAUCGAGUGUGUCAAGUCGGAUCCAAGGCCGUCAUACAAAUACGAUCGAAGCAAUGGGACAUUUGAUAUGACUACAGUCUUUCACCUAGGACAAAGCUGGAUACACAAAGACAGUUCAAGGAACUUCAUCGCGCUCUAUAAAGUCGACAUGAAGCUCGCUCUUGAGAACCUCGACUUUCUCCCCGUUGCCCGUGAUCUCAUCCCUGACCAGACCCUAACAAGAUCCCCCACACAACACAACAAUUCUAGUCGAGACAAGUACCUAUGUGGUUAUUCUACCUACAUGGAGGUUGAUUUGAUGAUCCCAAAACAACUGUUGAUUCGCACAUUCCAUGAAUCCAGCCAGGAUGAAGAGAGAAGGGAACCCAAGGGGGGGGGGGGGGGGGGGUGUGGAGAAAGAGGGAGAUCAUGGAUGGGGGGGACCCUCUCCCCCAAUCUUCCUUUUCCCUUAUCGCAGCCAAUCCAAUACGGCAGUUGUGGGAAAAGGGAAGGAGACCGCGCCCCCCAGUACCAUUAUGUAGGUACUCACCUCGAACUUAUGUAA